AUGCACUUUGAAUGUGAGAGACCCAGAGACCAGGACUGGCUGGGUGUCUCAAGGCCGCUCACAACAAAACCCUGGAACAGGCAGCUGUAUCCAGAGUGGACAGAAAUCCAGGGGCCUGAUUGCUGGAGAGGUGGCCAGGUGUCCUUGAAGGUCAGUAAUGAUGGCCCUACACUGGUCGGGGCAAAUGCCUCCUUCUCUAUCGCCCUGCACUUCCCUGAAAGCCAAAAGGUGCUGACAGAUGGGCAGGUCAUCUGGGCCAACAACACCAUCAUCAAUGGGAGCCAGGUGUGGGGAGGAGAGCCAGUGUAUCCCCAGGUACCUGAUGAUACCUGCAUCUUCCCUGAUGGGAGGGCCUGCCCAUCUGGCCCUGGGUCUCAGACACGAAGCUUUGUUUAUGUCUGGAAGACCUGGGGCCAGUACUGGCAAGUUCUGGGGGGCCCAGUGUCGGGACUAAGCAUUGUGACAGGCAAGGCAAUGCUGGGCACACAUACCAUGGAAGUGACUGUCUACCACCGUCGGGAGUCCCAGAGCUACGUGCCCCUUGCUCACUCCUGCUCAGCCUUCACCAUUACUGACCAGGUACCCUUCUCUGUGAGCGUGUCCCAGCUGCAGGCCUUGGAUGGAGGGAACAAGCACUUCCUGAGAAAUCAUCCUCUGACCUUUGCCCUCCGGCUUCAUGACCCCAGUGGCUAUUUGUCUGGGGCCGACCUCUCCUACACCUGGGACUUCGGAGAUGAUACUGGGACCCUGAUCUCUCGGGCACUUGUGGUCACUCACACUUACUUAGAGUCUGGCCCAGUCACUGCCCAAGUGGUGUUACAGGCUGCGAUUCCUCUCACUUCCUGUGGCUCCUCCCCAGUUCCAGUCACCACAGAUGGGCAUGGGCCAACAGCAGAGGCCCUUGGCACCACAGCUGGGCAAGUGCCUACUGCAGAAGUCAUAGGUACUACAUCUGGUCAGGUGCCAACUGCAGAACCUUCUGGAACCACAGCUGUGAAGAUGCCAACCACGGAGGUCACAGGCACUACACCUGUACAGGUGCCAACUACAGAGGAAAUAGGUACUACAACUGAGCAGGUGCUGACCUCGGAGGUCAUAGAUACCACACCCGUAGAGAUGCCCACUGCAGAGGCAUCUGCAACACCUGAAGUGGCAAUCGCAGAGCCCUCUGGAACCACAGUUGUACAGGUAACAACUAGAGAGCUGGUGGAGCCCACAGCUAGAGAGGUACCCACCCGUGAGCCUGAGGGUCCAGAUGCCCGCCCAUUCGUGCCUACAGAAGGUAUUACAGGCUCCCAGAGCCCCCUGCCGGAUGGUGCAGCUACCUUAAUCCUGGUGAAGCGACAAACCCCCCUGGAUUGUGUGCUGUAUCGAUAUGGCUCCUUUUCUCUCACCCUGGACAUUGUCCAGGGUAUUGAGAGUGCUGAGAUCCUGCAGGCUGUGCCAUCCAGCGAAGGGGAUGCAUUUGAGCUGACCGUGUCUUGCCAAGGCGGGCUGCCCAAGGAAGCCUGUAUGGACAUCUCAUCUCCAGGGUGCCAGCCCCCUGCCCAGCGGCUAUGUCAGCCUGUGCCACCCAGUCCAGCCUGCCAGCUAGUUUUGCACCAAGCACUGAAGGGUGGCUCAGGGACCUACUGCCUCAAUGUGUCUUUGGCUGAUGCUAACAGCCUGGCGAUGGUCAGCACCCAGCUUGUAAUGCCCGGUCGAGAAGCAGGCCUUGGACAGGCUCCCCUGUUCGUGGGCAUCUUGCUGGUGUUGAUGGCUAUGGUGCUUGUAUCUCUGAUAUAUAGGCGAAGACUUCUGAAGCAGGGCUCAGCCCUCCCCCUUCCCCAGCUGCCACGUGGUAGCACCCACUGGCUGCGGCUGCCCAGGGUCUUCCGCUCUUGCCCCAUUGGUGAGAACAGGCCCCUCCUCAGUGGGCAGCAGCAGGUCUGA